AUGCCUGCCAUCAAUGUCACCCUCAAGUCCGGCGCCUCGCCGGAACAACUCGAAAACGCAAAGAAGCAAGUACAGGAUCAGGGCGGCAAGGUCACACAUGAGUUCAGUCUCAUCAAGGGCUUCACCGCCGAGUUCCCCGCCGAUAAGGUCCACACUCUCGAGAGCAACGACCAUGUCACCGUUGAGGCCGACUCCGAAGUCAAGACACAGUAA